CCGGCGGGAAAGCACAGGAGGUCACGUGACAGUAGCUCAUUCGCCAACAUGGCGCCGUGCGUGGACUCGUAACUUAGGAACGAGAAGCCUCCUGUUGGACCGAGGGCAGAACCGAGGCGUUUCUCAGCGCUGACAGCAGGUCGUUGGUCGGUUUUCUCUGUGAUCGAUUCCCUCUCGGUGGUCGAGCUCUGAGGCAGCAGGAUGCCCGGGAAACCUGGUGACCGCUUCAAACCAGGAGACCUGGUGUUCGCCAAGAUGAAGGGCUUCCCUCACUGGCCUGCCAGGGUCUGUAAGUCGGACGAUGGAUACAAGAAGCGAGUCCCCGUCUACUUCUUCGGGACCCAUCAGAUAGGUCACCUCCCUCCAGAGAACAUCGUCCCUUUUGUCGGGAACAAGAUGAAGUACGGCAGCGGCGUCCGCAUCAAAGGCUUCGCUGAGGGCAUGUGGGAGAUCCAGAACACGCCGGGGGUCGGGAGCAAACUAAGAGCAAACACGCCCAAAUCUCCACCCGCUAAACCGACUUCUUCCACCAAAACUACACCUGCUAAUCAGGUGAUGAGUGACAAACUGAAAACUGCGCCCACUAAAUCAACUCCCAGUAAAUCUGCCCCCACAAAGUCUGACAGUAAAGCAGCUGCUGUGGCUCAAACUCCCACGAGAGCCUCUUUGAGAUCGGCUCCAGAGAAACCAGCAGACACCACGCAGACGUCUAAACGGGCCUCAAAAGACGUCGCCUCAACAGAUGUUCUGGAGACGGCUGCCAGCACGAGAAGCAGACGGUCGGCUGCAGGAGGGAGGAGUGAAAGUAUCACCUCUGUAGAGGAUAAGAAGGAGACAACGGCAAAAAUGGCGAAACCAAAAACUCCUUCCAAAUCUUCUGAAACUGCUGCUAACAAACCUGCUGAGACACAGACGAGUGCCGACACUACAGAGAGCAAACCUGCAGCUCAAACUACAAGUAAAGUUACUGAGCCUGAGAAGAAAACUCUGAGCUCCGCAGACGUCCAGACGAAGGCAACGAGCUCCAAACCAGCGCCUGAGAAGGUUGAAACGUCUUCAGCUUCCAUCUCUACAGAUACUGACGAGGCAGCGAGGCCCGUCAGCACCAGGAGCAGAGUGGCAGAGUCCAAGGUACCGACACAGCCGGAGAAGAACCAGGAAACACGUGAGGUCGAUGCUGAGCAACGACCGAAGAGGACGACUGCUCAUCCUGCUGUCAGCUCUUCAGUCAGCAAGAAACUGAAGACACCAGAACCAAAGUCUGAACCGACACAAACGCCUGAGAGUGACAGAGGAAAGAGAAACCUGGAGGAGGAGGAGAAGUCAUCAGAGAGUUCAGGGGUGAAGAGGAAGAGGGAAGAGGAGGAUGAAGGGAAGGUGGUGCAGAAGAAGACAAAUCAGGGCAGCAGUGAAGGAAAGAAGGAAGUGACGGAGACGACAACAUCAGAGAGUCAACGAACCAAACAAAAGAAAGAGAUGACAGCGAAAAAGGAUGAAAGUGGGAAAGAAGUGAUGACGAAGGAGAAAACGGAAGAAACAAAAUUGUCGGAGACCAGAGCGAUGAAGACGAGGAGAGCAGAGAAAGAAGAGAAGAAAGAUGGAAGGGACGAGGAGAGGACGGGGAGAGGAACGAGGUCCGAGAGCGAAGGAAGACAAACGAGAGGGAAGGAGGCGCAGCUGAAACCGAAGGUUGGCCGAGGAAGAAAGAGGAAGAGGGAGGAGACAGAGAUGAAGAAGAAGGAGGAGGAGGAGGAGAGGACGGAGAGGGAAGGGACGAAGACGAGGAGAGCAGAGAAGGAGGACCAGAAGAAGAAAACAAAGGAAGCUGCUGAGGAAGGAAAGGAAGAAGAAGAAGAAGAAGGAAUAAACGAGAAGAUGAUGGAGGAAGAGAAGGAGACAGAAGGCAGUUCUGUGGACGAGGAGCGACAGCGCCGGCUGGCAGACAAGAGGGAGAGUCUGCUGAAGUCUCUGAGAGGUCUGCUGAGGUCCGGGAGAGGAGCGACGAGGAGGAGAACCAGAGAUGGAGCCACGAAGGCCGAGAUGAAAAAGACGGGAAGUCAGAAGACGCCGGACAAGAAGAGCGGCAAAGAAUCCAUCAGUAAGAAGCCAGUCGGCAGGAGAGCAACAGAGAAGAAGAAGGUCGACAAAACACCAGAAGAAAAGGGUGAAGUGAAGAUAACAGCAGAGAAGAAAAAGGAGGACAAGAAGGAUGAACAGGAGACAGAUGACAAGGAGAGCGAGCAGAAGAAGGAUGACAAGACGAACGCUGAGGGAAAGAAAGACGAGACAGGGAACGACACGAGGAGUGACGAAACAAAGCCGCAGAAAGACGAAGAGAAGAAGAAUGAGAGGAAAAUCAUCGGAAAGAUUGUAAAAGCAACGACUGGACAGAGAACGAAGGUCCAGAUGAAGACGAUGAUGGGAGGAACGACUGCAGCAGCGGCGGCGGAGGAGAAGAAGAAAGAAGAAGAGAAGGUAGAAGACAUGAACCAGACCUCAGACAAGACAAAGGAGGAAGAGAGAGAGAAGAAAUCUGACAGUAAGAAGGUGGAGAAAAGCUCAGAGGUGGAGAAGAAGUCUGAGGGAACGAAAGCAGCGACGGAGGACAAAGACAAGAACAAAACAGAGGCAGAGAAAGACAAAAAGAUCAGGGAGGAAGAGGAGAAACGAAAGAAGAGCAGCAAAGAUGAAACAGAGCUGAAAAAGACUGAAGAGGAGCAGAAAACACUGAAGGCAACCGAGAAAUCACAAGAGAAGAAGAACGAAAGUGAGGGGGAGAAAAUGAAGACGAGAGAACAGAGGAAGAGAGAGGAGAAGAGUGAAAACUCACCAGAGAAGAAGGACGACAAACCUGCUGCUGCUGAACCAACGAAGAAAACGGCAGAGGAGUCGGAGAAACAGAGCGCCGAAGAGACAAAAACACAGAAGAAGAGCACAGAAGAGAUGAAAACACAGAAGAAGAGCGCAGAAGAGAUGAAAACACCGAAGAAGAGCACAGAAGAGAUGAAAACACCGAAGAAGAGCACAGAAGAGAUGAAAACACAGAAGAAGAGCGCCGAAGAGACAAAAACACAGAAGAAGAGCACAGAAGAGAUGAAAACACAGAAGAAGAGCGCAGAAGAGAUGAAAACACAGAAGAAGAGCACAGAGGAGACAAAAACACCGAAGAAGAGUGCAGAAGGAAUGACAACAAGAGAACAAAGGAAGAGAGAGGAGGAGAGUGAAAACUCUCCAGAGAAGGACGACAAAGCUGCUGGAGAACCAACGAAGAAGACGAGCGCAGAGUCGGAGAAGAAGUGCGUCGAAGAGACAAAAACACAGAAGAAGAGCGCAGAGGAAACGACCACAAGAGAGCGCAGGAAGAGAGACGGAAACUCACAAGAGAAGGACGACAAAACUGCUGCGGAGCAAACGAAGAAAACUGAGUCGGAGAAGAAGCUCGCCGAAGAACCAGAAACACAGAAGAAGAAUAUCCCAGAAACCCCGACUAGAGAGCAGAAGAAGAGAGGGGACAAGAGUGAAACUACCAACAGAGAAACACGAGAGGAAGACAAACAAGCUGCUGCAGAACCGACGAAGGAAACGACCACAAAGUCAGAGAAGAAGAUGACGACUCGAGAGCUAAAGAAGCGAGACGGACGGAGUGAAAACCCCGAGAGAGAAUCACAAGAGAAGGACGUCCAAGCUGCAGAACCAACGAAGAAAACAGCUGUAGAGUCACUCACUGAUGAGGCAAAACCACAGAAGAAGAGCGCAGAAGAAACUGUGGCCAGGGAGCAGAAGAAGAGAGGACGAAAGAGUAAAAACCCAGAGAGAGAAUCACAAGACAACGCUGCUGCAGAGCCGACGAAGGAGACGGGAGAGAGAAGACGCACCAGAGAGACGAAACCACCGAAGAAGAGUGUCGAAGAAGAAGAGAAGUCAGCACAGGAGACCCAAGCAGAGCCGAAAACUAAAGAAGAAGAAGUGAAGAGCCCGGCAGAAGAAGAAGAAAGUGAAACAAAGGGUGCUUCGUCAGACGGAGGGAAGGCGGAGCAGCCGGCAGCGAAGCAGCAGCAGAAGAAGAGUUCCACGGUGACGCUGACGGACUCGACGCUGCACAGAAUCCACGGAGACAUCAGGAUCUCUCUGAAGGUCGACAACCCGGACAUCGGGAAGUGUCUGACGGCGCUGGACCAGCUCGGGAUGGUUUACGUGACGUCCAAACACGUCCAGAGACACAGCGAGCUCAUCGCCACGCUGAGGAAGCUUCGGUUCUACAGACCCAACCAGGCGGUCCGGGACAAAGCCUCCAUGUUGUACAACCGCUUCAAGAACGCCUUCCUGGUGGGCGAGGGCGAGGAGGUGGUGAGCACCGCCUUCCUGCGCUCGCUGCUGGAGGAGAAGGAGAGGGAGGAGGCGCAGCGCUGCAGGGAGCAGCUGACGAGGGAGGAGCUGCUGCAGGAGGUGAAGAGGCGCAUGGGCCAGGUGAAGGAGAGGAGGAGGACUGACGGAGGAGAGGAGGAGGAGGAGGAGGAGGAGAAAACACAAGCUUGACUGUUUGUGUCGUUUCCAGCUGAAGCAGCCUGGACUGAACCAACUCUAACCUAAGGGGGGGGGGCCUGAAACACCCCUCCUCCUCACAGUAUUUACCUCACACACACACCUGUGUGUUACCUGUACAGCUCUCAUUAUUUAUUAUUAGUGAUGUCACACUGGACCGGCGCCGUGUGUCCGUCCGUUUUGAUUCUCUCUCUCCCUCCCAGAACAGUAUUUAUCUGAUCCUAACUUAUUACUUCACCUGAGCAUUAACAGGAACCUCACCUGUCUGACCUCAACACUCUAAAGCUUCACCUUAACCAUCUGUAGUCAGGAUGAACCGAGCCCCGAUCCAGAACCGCCUCACGCGGGAACAGACGAGAUCAAACUCCUCCUCCGUCUGUUUGUGUUUUAUUCCUUUGUUUUAUUGUUGUAGUUGAUCAGAUCUUUGUCGACGUGCCUUUCAUCUCGUUUUGGUCUCGUGACACGAGGUGUGAAGCAGGUGAGAUGUUCACCUGGCGUGGAGGACGCACGUCGUCUUCAGCUGCUUCACAGUUUGACACGCGACGGUAGAAGAAGAGUCAUCGAGGUGACGGGGAUGAUGGGAAAUGUUUCUCUGCCGCGUCAACAUGAAACAGUUUUUAUCAAACGUUCAGAAACUUUUUUUAUGUUCUUGUGUUUCUCUUGUUUGCUGUUGUCGUUACUCUGUUGUGUAAAUAUGUAACUUAUAUUUGCAGAAAUCUUUUAAAUAAACUGUUUUACAAACUUC